UUCCCUUCGCUAGCUUCCGGGCCGAGGUUGUCUGCUGGAGGACUGGGGCGGUUUGGCCUGCGGGGCUUGACGACAGCAAUGGUGUCAGAGGUCUCCAUUUAGAUCGGCAGCUACAAACUUGUCGCCAUGGACACGUCCGGGAAGACCGAUGUGGUUCUUCUGGCCUGUGGCUCUUUCAAUCCCAUCACCAACAUGCACCUCAGGCUGUUUGAGCUGGGCAAGGACUACAUGAAUGCAACAGGAAAAUACAGAGUUAUCAAAGGUAUAAUUUCACCUGUUGGCGAUGCGUACAGGAAGAAAGGCCUCAUCCCUGCCCACCACCGAGUUAUCAUGGCAGAACUUGCCACCAAGAAUUCCCACUGGGUGGAAGUGGACACGUGGGAAAGUCUUCAGAAGGAGUGGGUGGAGACUGUGAAGGUGCUCAGACACCAUCAGGAGAAACUGGCAACUGGCAGCUGUGAUCACCCACAAAGUUCACCUUCGCUGGACAGGCCUGGGCGGAAGAGGAAGUGGGCUGAACAAAAACAGGAUUCUAGUCCAAAGAAGCCCCAAGAGUCCAAACCAACAGGUGUACCCAGGGUGAAAUUGCUGUGUGGGGCAGAUUUACUGGAAUCCUUUAGUGUGCCCAACUUGUGGAAGAUCGAGGACAUCACGCAAAUUGUAGCCAACUAUGGGCUCAUAUGUAUCACGCGGGCCGGCAGUGAUGCUCAGAAAUUCAUCUAUGAGUCCGAUGUGCUGUGGAGAUACCAGAGCAACAUCCACCUGGUGGAUGAAUGGAUCACCAAUGACAUCUCAUCCACUAAGAUCCGGAGAGCUCUCAGAAGGGGCCAGAGCAUCCGCUACUUGGUGCCAGACCUUGUCCAAGAGUACAUAGAAAAGCAUGAUCUGUACAGCUCCGAGAGUGAGGACAGGAAUGCCGGGGUCAUUCUGGCUCCUCUGCAGAGGAACAUUGCCGAGGCUAAGCACAACAGUUCCACAGCAUGAAGCUCUGCUUGACGUCAGAUGCUCUUGUGUGGAUUCAAAACAACCCAGUAUUAGUAACUCAGGGAAGGAAUUGCCAUCCUGUUUCAUAAACGGAAGUUUAAAGGUUUGAUUAAAAACUAACAGGAAAUUCAGAUCAGUUGCUGAGAUCAGUGUUUUAGAUAAGGUCACUAGAAAAAGAAUAAUUCCUCUUUAAAAUAACAGCUGAUUCACUGAAAUGAAAUCUCAGUCAUGUUUACUCUAAAUAAGUUUACUAAGAACAGACCCCAUGGCUCUACCACACAAGAGAAGCAGAUGUGAAAGCAAAUCCAUUCACAAGCCUCCCUGUAGGGUCUGGAGAGAUGGCCCAGAGGUGAAGAGCAUGCGAUGCUCUUCCAGGGGACCCAGAUUCGCUUCCCAGCACCCACACGGCAGCUCCCAACUGGCUGUAACUCCAGAUUCGAGAGAUCUGAUGUCUUCUCUGGCCUUCGUGGGCUCCAGGCACACUCGUGCUGCACAGACAUACAUGCACGAGAACACCCACACAAGAAGAAGAAAGAAAAGUCUCACUUCAGCCAGGUCAGUGAUGCACACCUGAGACCCCGGCUGUUCUAGGGGCUGACAUAUGAGAUCACUUUGAACCCAGGAGUUUGAGAUGACUCUAGACAACAUAGACCCUUCCUAAGAAACAAAACAAAAUCCUAGCUUUAGCUAUGAAGAGACCUGACAUGCUGUUUGUGCUUGGUGCUAGCCAUCUUUAUCCAGGAUAGACAGAGGAAGGGAUUCUUUAAAUCACCUUGGCUGGGGCUGUAGCUCAGUUGGUAGAGCACUUGCACAGCAGGCCUGAGGCCCUGGGUUAAAUUACCACAUAGCUAGGCAUGGCAGUGCACACCUGUGAUUCAGGUGCUUGAGGACAAGCAGAAGGAGCAAAUGUUCAGCGUCAUCCUGGACGGCCUGCAAGUUUGAGACCAUCAAGGGAUGCUGGAGACCCUGUCUCUAUAAAAAUAAAAUAAGUGAUCCUGUAAAAUGACCAGUGACCAGUGGUCCUCCAGCUCUGCAAAAUGAAGGUUGUGAGUACACCCUGAAGAAGUCAGACUAUACCACAGUUUUCCUUGCUCCACGGGCGAGAUGGUGCAGUGGCCAAAGGUACCUGCUGCCAAGUCUUUCAACCUGAGUUCAAGCCCCAGGACCCACACAGUAGCAAUAGAGAACCCAUUCCUAAACAGUAGCUGACCUGCACGAGAGAAAUAAAACCAAGCUGGUGAAGCUUU